GAGGAAGAGGCGGCGAUGGCGCUUCAGGAUGUCUGUGGAUUGUCACGCGGCGGCUGGGAUUCGCCUCUGCCCGGCGCCGGAGCCCGUCCUGGGCUCUCGCACUACGCUUUCGGGGUGCGGGAGCCCCAGAUGGCGGUGCUCCAGGGGAUGCAGCCCGCCGAGGUCCUGAAGAGCCUCUCGGAGAGUAGCGGCUCCCAGUUCGAGCCGGUCCAUGGCACCACCACCCUGGCCUUCACUUUCCAGCACGGAGUCAUCGUGGCCACCGAUUCCCGGGGAACCGCCGGCAACUAUAUUGAUUCUUUGCUGUGCAAUAAGGUGAUCGAAAUCAACCCUUACCUGUUGGGCACCAUGUCUGGAGGUGCGGCUGAUUGCCAAUAUUGGGAGCGUCUCCUGGCCAAAUAUUGCAGACUGUACUUCCUUCGCAACAAAGAACGGAUCAGCAUCUCGGCUGCCUCCAAGCUCUUGGCUAACAUGCUGGCUGAGUACCGGGGUAUGGGGCUCUCGGUGGGCAGCAUGAUAUGCGGAUGGGAUAAGAAGGGCCCUGGUCUGUAUUACAUCAAUGACAAAGGAGCCCGGCUGAAAGGGCCCCUUUUUUCCACGGGAAGCGGAAACACCUUCGCCUACGGAAUCCUGGAUAGUGGCCACCGGCCCGACCUCAGCGUGGAGGAGGCCUACGACCUUGGCCGAAGGGCCAUCUGCUAUGCCACCCAUCGUGACAACUACUCGGGCGGCAUAGUAAACAUGUAUCACAUGAAGGAAGAUGGCUGGAUCCGCGUUGGGCGGACAGAUGUCAGUGACUUGCUGUACCAGUAUUCGGAGGAGAAGAAGUGAGAUGGGCAGAUGACCUCAAGCAUGGAGAUCUUCUGACACUCAGGGCUGGCAGAGAGGAAAGGGGAUGGGGGAACCAUCCCUAUGUCUUUUCACGGGGCAACAAUAAACUGUAUUUGAGCUCA